CUCGGAUAUCAGGCUAUUCUCGACCGGUAUAAGCAAAACUCUCUCUCCGUUUGGAGCUUCGAGCUCUAAGAAGACAAACAGACCCAUAUUGGCAUUCGGGGUGCUCCGAAGCUUUCCCAGGUUCUGGUUUUGCUCAGAAAAGCUCAAACUCUCUCAUUUUUGAAAGAGAUGAAGAACACCAGCCUUUUUAUUCCAAUUCUUUUAUUGUUAUCGUUUUCCCUUCAACAAACAGUCCAAGUCUCCUCCUUUACACAGAGAAACCAGGAGUUUGAAAAAUCUGCAUCUUCAAGAACUCUUGAACAAGAACACGAGCAUGCUCAUGAAGUACAUUGUUCCAGAGAAAGAAGUAGGGCAGCAUGGAAAAUUAUCGAGGAGUACCUGAUGCCGUUUCUGGAACAAGAGCACUAUGAGAUGUCAAGUAAGUGUCGACUUCAUCCUGACAAUGAUCUAUUUAGGGAUCAGGAACAGCACAAGAUUCAUCUGGAUAUAAACGAAUGGCAGUGUGGAUACUGUAAGAAAAGCUUCCGUGCUGAAAAGUUUCUUGAUCAGCAUUUUGACAACAGACACUACAAUCUUCUUAAUAUAAGUGGCAGCAAGUGCUUAGCUGAUUUAUGCAGAGCUUUGCAUUGUGAUGUUGUAAUGGAUACCAAGUUAAGCAAGACCAAAUGCAAUCCUGCAGCUGCUGCAAGGAAUCACCAUCUAUGUGAGGGUCUUGCCGAUAGCUGUUUUCCUAUUAAUCAAGGUCCCUCAGCACGCCGCCUUAAUGAAUUGUUUUUGCACCAAUUUUGUCACGCUCACACUUGCUCGAGGAAACAUAAACAUUUUCCUAGAGGAGGAAAGAAGCAAUUAAGUGUAUUCUAUCUGGCUAUUUCCAUACUGACUUUGAUGCUGCUUCCUAUUUUCUAUCUGAUAGUUUAUUUGCACCAAAGAGAGAUGAGAACGGGAACCCAAGAUCUUAGGCGCAUCUCAAAAGUUGGGCAGAAGACGAAACCCUCAUAGUAGUUGGCACUUGAAAUCAUUGUUUAAAUGAACAGAUCAAGGACUAAUGAACUUGCCGUUCAACAUAUUUCCUUGUAAAUAUGCAUGUCAUACGACACACGAAGGACUAUGCUGCACCAGAAUGCCGCAACAAAGCCAAAUUCUAGAUCACCAUCUUAAAAGCUGCUCCGGCUGUGACAUUUAAUUCCCUUAAUAAAGGCUCUAAUGAAACAGAAUUAGGUGUAAACAAUUUAAUUCUUCGAUAAAUUUAUUAUUUAUCAUUUUAAGUUUAUAGCAAUUCAUCCUCAAAACUAGUCAGUCUGCCUCAUGUGCCUUCGAAUGAAGGUAUAUUUGUGUUAAGAGUCUUAUUGUGAGUGCAUUCAUUUUCUAACA